AUGAUUGGAUAUUAUCUUCGGCGAGGCUGCUCAUCCUUUUGGUAUCGAACUCCUGAAACAACCGGCCACAAUUGGCGUCAAUGGCUCAUCAUUCUAACUGCAACCUCCGCCCUCCUCCUCCUCGCUCUCAUAGCCCUAACCAUAACCAACUCCAAGUACUCCUCCUCCGCCGGCCCCGACUUCCCCUACGACCACCGCCGAUUCCCUAAUCCCGACCAGUAUUUCGUCAACAGCGACAACGAGAACUACGGUGACGGCCCUCAGCUGACGCGGCUGCUUCAGGCAGCAUACCACUCGAGAAAUUACUACUUGCCCCACCUCUAUCUGGAAGCUUCCGACGCCGAGAGGCUCGAGCGCGCCAAAUACGUCAAGUCGGAGAGUGUGAUGAACGCGUUUCGGAAGGCGAUGGUGGUUGGAACCGCUGAUUUGGUGACCGAAUUCUGA